AGAUCCACGACCCGCUGGUACUGGUGUCGAACUGCGCGCCCGAUUGGUGCCAAUACCUGACACACAUCUGUCCGAUGCUAUUCCCGUUUGACAUCCGACAGACGUAUUUCCUGUCGACAGCGUUCGGGACCAGCCGUUCGAUCGUAUGGCUCCAGAACCAGAGGGACACGACUCUGGAGCGGGUGAGGGGGCCGUCGCCACGACGGGACGACCCGCACGACUUCCGCGUCGGACGUCUGAAGCACGAGAGAGUGAAGGUUCCGCGCGGCGAUCGACUGCUCGAUUGGGGCCUACAAGUGAUGAACGUUCACUCGAACCGUAAGGCCAUUCUCGAAGUGGAGUUUGUCGACGAAGAGGGCACCGGAUUAGGCCCUACACUCGAGUUUUACGCCCUGAUCGCAGCCGAACUCCAGCGCCGAGACCUCGCCAUUUGGUUGUGCGACGACGAGCUCAUGACAGCGGCCAACGAACAGCCGGUCGACAAAGGAGAGGGUAUGAAACCCGUGGGCUAUUACAUC